GCGGAAGCCCUUCGCAGGGCUGGUGGCGCGGGCGUGGCUUCCGGGCCAUGGCGGAGAAGCCGGGCCAAGAUGCCGACUCGGCUCCUAAGCCGACCGUGUUGUUCCUGCACCCAGACCUGGGCGUGGGCGGCGCCGAGCGCCUGGUGCUGGACGCCGCGCUGGCGCUGCAGGCGCGCGGGUGUCGCGUGAAGAUCUGGACGGCGCACUACGACCCGGGCCACUGCUUCGCGGAGAGCCGCGAGCUGCCGGUGCGCUGCGCCGGGGACUGGCUGCCUCGCAGCCUGGGCUGGGGCGGCCGCGGCGCCGCCGUCUGCGCCUACGUGCGCAUGAUCUUCCUGGCUCUCUACGUGCUGUUCCUGGGCGAUGAGGAGUUCGACGUGGUCGUGUGCGACCAGGUGUCCGCCUGCAUCCCCGUGUUCAAGCUGGCCAGACGGCGUAAGAAGAUCCUGUUUUACUGUCACUUCCCAGAUCUGCUUCUCACCAGGAGAGACUCUUUUAUUAAACGCCUAUACAGGGCCCCGAUUGACUGGAUAGAGGAGUAUACCACGGGCAUGGCAGACUGCAUCUUGGUCAACAGCCGAUUCACAGCUGCCAUUUUCAAGGAAACGUUCAAGUCCCUGUCUCACAUAGACCCUGCCGUCCUCUACCCAUCUCUGAAUGUCGUCAGCUUUGAUUCUGCUAUUCCUGAAAAGCUUGAUGACAUCGUCCCCCAGGGGAAAAAAUUCAUAUUCCUCUCCAUCAACAGAUAUGAAAGGAAGAAAAAUCUGACUUUGGCCCUAGAAGCCCUUGUAAAGCUGCGUGGAAGAUUGACGUCCCAAGACUGGGACGGAGUUCAUCUGAUCAUUGCCGGUGGUUAUGAUGAGAGAGUCCCGGAGAACGUACAGCACUACCAGGAAUUGAAGAAAAUGGCCCAGCAGUCUGACCUGGGUCAGUGUGUGACCUUCCUACGGUCUUGCUCCGACGAACAGAAAAUCUCACUCCUCCGAGGCUGCACGUGUGUGCUUUACACACCGAGCAAUGAGCACUUUGGCAUCGUUCCUUUGGAGGCCAUGUACAUGCAGUGCCCAGUCAUCGCUGUUAAUUCAGGCGGGCCCUUGGAGUCCAUCGUCCACAGUGUCACAGGAUUUCUGUGUGACCCUGACCCAGAGCACUUCUCAGAAGCAAUAGAAAAGUUCAUCCAUGAACCUUCCUUAAAAGCCACAAUGGGACUAGCUGGGAGAAACAGGGUGAAAGAGACGUUUUCCCCUGAGGCAUUUACCGAACAGCUUUACCAGUAUGUCACCAAACUGCUGGUAUAAUCGUGUUUUUUUUUAAGUCUUUAUGCUGUAUUCAUUAAUAUCACAUUUGAAGGUGAUACACCCAGUUUUGAAACCAAAGAAAAAAACCUAGUGUCUAGUACAGAAGAAAAGUUUUUUAAAUAUACUUGAAUCUGAGUCACUUUCCUCUACCCCAUACCUCCCAGACUACUUUUUCAGAAAAACAAUAUCUUUUAUGCUAUAAUAAUUCUGAGUAUUACCAAUGUGGUACAGUUCCUUGUUCAGCAGAAUAUUUUAAUUACAUGUUCUCUAGAUUACUGUUAGUCUACUUACAAACUUUGAGUCAUACUGUGCCUUAUUUGGUUUUAAUACUUAAAGUGUAUCAUCAAGGUUGAUUAAUUUGGCUUCAUGAGAAGACAAUUACUGUAGUUCCCAGAAUCAGUCCCCCUCAGUGUUCAGUGACCUCUGUGAGGAAAUUUUUGUUAGUCAUACCUUUGCCUGGAUCCAUAGCAAGAAUGCGCUGUGUUUUUUGUCUUUUUACAAAGAUGAUUUGUGUUUUGCACACAGAUACGAUAUUAAAAGAUAUUUAUCAUGGGAAGAGAAAAAAAUACUAGA